AGGAAACAAAGAAACUGAUUACACCAAAGAUGAGCAGUCACAGGCUUUGGAGAACCAUUCUGCUUUUUGAGUUGUUAUGAUCAAUUCUCUAUAGUAACAAAGACAUAUCAGUCUUCUAAAAAUGCCCAAUCAUUUAUCCAUUCAGCAGAAAACAGAGAAAAGAUCAGUGCAGUGCUCAUAACCCUCUUCCAUUUCGGAGCACAUAGGAUGCGGGGCCCUUUUCCUGCCACGUUGACCAAGAAUAUUUACCACCUCUCCCUGUUUAGUCCACGAGACACCACCCAAUUUCCAGAAUUUGAAGAUUCUACCUUGAAAAUUCUCAACUAGGAAAUGACUCUCUUCUCUAAGUUAACAACUAAUUUCCAGUCAGUGAGUAAUUUUUUUCCUGAAACUUCCACUCAGUGGAAAACAAAUUAAGAGGGAAAAACUUAAGUAAACAACUCUGCAAAAGAGGCCACGACAUACAGAGGUGGAGACACCUCUAAACUCACCAGUCAAAGAAAGCAGGAGCUUCAGGUUUAUCUCAAACAAAACCAUAAUUUUGACCAGCCCCUGAUUGAGCCUCACCCCAUGAAUGACUUCCAGGACCUCUGGCUUUUUGGGACUAAAGGAGAAAAUUAUUUUUAGCACAACUAUUUGGAAACCUCUGAGAACUUGGAUCUCUUUUUCUGUCUGGUACCAAAGCAAGUUUUUCGCUGAAGCUCUCAUGAAAGAUCCUCAGUCUCUUGUGGAUUUAGAAUCCUGGAGCAAGCCACCAACCCAGAGAAAGAGCCAAAGAUGUUUAUCUUGCUCUAUGUUACAAGUUUUGCCAUUUGUGCCAGUGGACAGCCUCGGGGUAAUCAGUUCAAAGGAGAGAGCUACUCCCCAAGAUAUAUCUGUAGCAUCCCUGGCUUACCUGGACCUCCGGGACCCCCUGGAGCGAAUGGUUCCCCGGGGCCCCAUGGUCGGAUCGGCCUUCCAGGACGAGAUGGUAGAGACGGCAGGAAAGGAGAGAAAGGUGAAAAGGGGGCUGCAGGUUUGAGAGGUAAGACUGGACCACUGGGCCUUGCUGGAGAGAAGGGGGACCAAGGAGAGACUGGGAAGAAAGGACCCAUUGGACCAGAGGGAGAAAAAGGAGAAGUAGGUCCAGCUGGGCCUCCUGGAGCAAAGGGGGACAGAGGAGAGCAAGGGGAUCCAGGGUUGCCUGGAGUUUGCAGAUGUGGAAGCAUCGUGCUCAAAUCCGCCUUUUCUGUUGGCAUCACAACCAGCUACCCAGAAGAAAGGCUACCGAUUAUAUUUAACAAGGUCCUCUUCAAUGAGGGAGAGCACUACAAUCCUGCAACAGGCAAGUUCAUCUGUGCCUUCCCAGGGAUCUAUUACUUUUCUUAUGAUAUCACAUUGGCGAAUAAGCAUCUGGCAAUCGGGCUGGUGCACAACGGGCAGUACCGGAUAAAGACCUUUGACGCCAACACUGGGAACCAUGAUGUGGCUUCGGGGUCCACGGUCAUCUAUCUGCAGCCAGAAGAUGAAGUCUGGCUGGAGAUCUUCUUCACCGACCAGAACGGCCUCUUCUCAGACCCGGGUUGGGCAGACAGCUUGUUCUCCGGAUUUCUCCUGUAUGUUGACACAGAUUAUCUAGAUUCCAUAUCAGAAGACGACGAGCUGUGAUCAGGACUGCCAUCCUGAAUGUUCCAAGAUUUUUGUGGCAGACACUUUGACUUAAUCUGGGGCCUUGGAAGGUGGAGGAAGCAGCAAUGAGAUCCAAAGAGACUCCCACUCAGAUUCCAAAGCAUUUACAGAAAAUUCUAGCAGAAUCUAUUAAAACAAGAUGAACCACCAAAUGGUUGAAACCACACCAAGAUGAAUUAUAUGAAACAAUAACCCCAGAUAAGAAUCCUCCUGAAAGCAAUGUUCAUAAAUAUUUAAGCAAAUUAAAGACAAUGUUAACAAAUUUCUGUUAAACUCCCUGAGUGAUAAAAUCAGCUGGCAAUGAUAUUGUCUCAUUAAAUCUUCAUAAAAUUA